CAGGACAGGAGAGGGAACGGGCAGCAGCAGGCACUUUGCUGGCUCUGGCCUCCCUCUGGGAACUUUUAUAUAGUUUAUAUACAUUUUUGUAAACAUUUAAUAUCGUGUUUCCUACGGACUUUUAAUACUUUGAUACACUGGUUUUGACAUUUUCUAACAACGAAACCUGGCAAGGAUUGGCUGGAGCUUGCCAGCUUGGAACCAAAUUUCCCCCCUUCUUCUUUCGACAAAGGCUGCCGAUGAGCCAGCGAAGACACCGAGCACGAUAACAACGUUUUUUUUUUAAAUUAGCAUUCAGCAUAGUGGCAACAAAUGUACUGUCUUCCCUGUUUUUAAACAGCGGCCUUUCGUUGCUGCUGCUCAAAGCUAACAUCACGUUAAACUGAAGACAGCAUAGCUGACGCCAGCCUCAGGGAACCAUGACGGCUGUUCAGCUAAUCAAUAUCCAACGGUUAUUGGAAGCUGCGGAAUAUCUAGAAAGGAGAGAACGAGAGUGUGAACACGGAUAUGCUUCGACGUUUCCGUCAAAUCAGAACACAAACUACCAGAGGCAAAGGAAAUUCCGAAAUAAGAAGUUCAGCAGUAACCACAAUAGGUCCACACAUAAUGAGCUGGAGAAGAACAGACGAGCUCACCUGCGGCUGUGUCUGGAGCGGUUGAAGGCCCUCAUACCCCUGGGACCUGACUGCAACCGCCACACCACCCUGGGCCUGCUCAACAAAGCCAAAGCACACAUAAAGAAACUUGAAGAGGCAGACAGGAAGAGCCAGCACCAGCUGGAGUCUCUGGAGCGCGAGCAGAGACACCUCCAGCGCCAGCUGGAGCUGCUCAGGGGAGGCAGCAGUGCUGCAGCCCAGAGCAGCCCCGGGGAGGGCGAGAGGAUACGCAUGGACAGUGUGGGCUCCACCCUCUGCUCCGACCGCUCUGAUUCAGACCAAGAGGAGAUUGAGGUGGACGUGGAAAGCACGGAGUUCUCCCAUGGAGAGCUGGACAGCGUGAGCACAGCCAGCACCAGCGACCUGGACGACCACAGCAGCCUGCAGAGCAUGGCCAGCGACGAAGGCUACUCCUCCUGCAGUGUCAAACUUGCCUUCUCCACAUAGAGCCCCACACCUCCACCACCACCCUGCCAAACCGGCCUGCCCACCCAUCCGUUGGUCCAUCCAUCCAUGCCUGCAUACGUACAUACCCAGUCACCUCAGACGGCGGCCACGCCAUGGGCUAACGGCGUUCCCGUCGCACCUGCCUCUGAGCAGCGCCCCCCUCCUGCUCCUAGCCUUUAGUUGCCUCCACCACCCCCCUCCUCCUGCGCUGCUGUACCCACUGUUGGAGGAGCUCCACUUAGAGGUCUCCCUCACCUCUAAACUUCGAGCUUACCAGGGACCCCAACACAGUGACGCAAGACUCCCAACUUGUUUCAAUCUUCUUUCAAAGGGAGAUCAGAGUCUUGGUUGAUAUAAAAUAAUAUAUAUAAUCACCUUAAUUCUUAAACCCACACAACUGAAAUGAAAUUAUGAAAAUUAUUUUAUUUUCUUGAUUUUGUUUCCUUGAUUUGUCAAAUGUCUGAAUUUGUUUAACAUACACAACCCCUAAUUUGAUCAAAAAUGCGCUUAAAUUGAUAUGAUGUUUAAAUAAUUCAGUUUCUGUUCGGUUCUCUCUCCUGUGGGGGUGUGUGUGUGUGUGUGUGUGUUUGUGUGUGUGUUGAGCUGGUCCUGCCUAUCUCAUCUUAAUGUCUGGUGUUGGGCCUGGAUAAACGGGAGCACAUCUAAUCUGGAGUAUAAUGAACACUGCAGGUGAACAUUGCCAUAUCAACACAGCUUGGCCCUGAUAAACAUCCCUUCAGCCCUGAAUUUUAAUCCUUGUGUUGUUGUUUUUUUACCUAUGCUUGACACCGCAGAAGCUAAGACACUCAAACUGGUGCUAUUGUGAAACAAACCAACGGGGAAGCGGAUUCACCACCACUAAGCUUUUAAAGCAAACAAAGUGUGUCUGCCAUAAUUGUUUCAAACCAAGCACGAAGGAAAGCAACCACGAAGAAAUAGAGGGGAAAAAACAUUCCUGCCGAAUGUGGGUGCUCAGUGCAUUUUCAAAGAGUGAAAAUUGUAACUUGUGUGUGUUUUGUUUUGGUUUCUUUCCCCUCGAUAAGCAGCUAAAACAAGCUAUCCUUCACUUGCCUACUUUAGAGCUGUCCAUAAAAAUGGCACAAACCAUGAAGUGGAAAAAACAAACAGCAACAAGAAAAAAGUCCAAACAACAACAAACUUUGGAAUAGAUGUCCAUCCUCUUUCCAGCAGUAACAAGCAAUAACUCAUGUAGUCGUUUUUUUUGUUUUUGUAUCGUCAGUUUGAACUCUUUCUUCUUUCUAAAUAGUGUGGGACCGUCCAAAAAGCUUAUUUCUUUUCUUAUUUUUUUUUUGUACAUACAAAUAGUUUAAUAAAUUUAAUUUUAAAAAUUUGUUUUAAAAAGGAUAUCGCUCCUGGAUAGAACUAUUGCCUCUGUUGCUGUUUGAUCUGUGUUUAUUGUGCAUUUUAAAUGAAUGUUUUCCUCUUCAGAGUGGCAGUGGAUGUGGUGUGGACACAAUUACUUUGUUCAGUUUUGCUGGUGGAAACAUUGGAAAUGUACUCGUUCUGUUGCUGCCCUGAGAAGGAAAAGAAAAGUUACUCUUCAACACGAUAACAAAAAACGAUAGAACAACUUCCCAUCCAGUUUGCGGGAAAGCGACCCAGUGUGACUUCUGUUGGAAAAUGCUGAGUUUGUGUGGCACUCUUUAUAUUUAUUAGUUUGUUUUCUCUUGUUGAUAAUGUUCGUGUGUGUGUGUGUGUGUGUGUGUGUGUGGCGGGGGGGGGGGGCUCUAUAUGGCAUUCCAUUAGUGGUCAGCUGAACUGUGGAGGAAAAGUCUUUAGUGUUAGGUGAAGAAAACGGGUGUUAUGAUGUCAAUGUUCGCCAUCCCAACUCCACUGACGUUAACAAUUGCACUUCAACCACAGUUCCCUGUAAAAAAAAAAAAAAAAGAAAGAAAUUCUUUUCCUCUGUCAUUUU